AUGGAUGCCCCAACCCCCAGACCAGGGGACCAGGCCGCACAGCAGAAGGGAUUCAAAUGCUGUGGGAGCAGCUGUUGCCAAGAGUACCAGCCGGAGCAGUUUGAGUUCUUCUCCGGCCCCUUAAGGAUUUUUGUCAUCAUCUUCCUGAUCAUCAUACCCCUCUUGUGCAUCUGCGGCCUGGCUAAGCACUUGUAUCUCAACUGCAGAAAGUCAGAGCAGGAGGCCCCAACAGCCCCCCUGGAACAGCCCCCCAUUGUUCCUGUAGAGAGGGUCACAGCACCCAUUUCUGAGCCCCCACCCCCCUACAGUGAGAUAAUUCUGAAGCCUGUCCUGGGUCUGCCUCCCUUGGAGCCGCCCCCACCCUACAGCUUCAGGCCUGAGGAAUAUGCCGGGCUACACAGAGGCAUGGACAACUCCACCUUCUGA